CUGGACUCACGGACGGUAAUGGGGGAUCUAGGAUGGAUAGCCUACCCCAAAAAUGGGUGGGAAGAAAUCGGUGAGGUGGAUGAAAACUACGCUCCAAUACACACAUACCAAGUAUGCAAGGUAAUGGAACAGAACCAGAACAACUGGCUUCUGACCAGCUGGAUCUCUAAUGAAGGGGCAUCCCGCAUCUUCAUAGAACUCAAAUUCACCCUGAGGGACUGUAACAGCCUUCCAGGAGGACUUGGGACUUGCAAAGAGACUUUUAACAUGUAUUACUUUGAAUCAGAUGAUGAAGAUGGGAGGAACAUCAAAGAAAACCAGUACAUCAAGAUUGAUACCAUUGCUGCUGAUGAGAGCUUUACAGAGUUAGAUCUUGGCGACAGAGUUAUGAAGCUAAACACAGAGGUGAGAGAUGUUGGUCCCUUAACGAAAAAGGGAUUUUACCUUGCUUUCCAGGAUGUGGGUGCCUGCAUUGCCUUGGUCUCCGUGCGUGUGUACUACAAGAAAUGCCCAUCGGUGAUUCGCAACCUGGCCCGCUUUCCUGACACCAUCACAGGAGCAGAUUCCUCACAGCUGCUGGAGGUGUCAGGCGUCUGCGUCAACCAUUCGGUGACUGAUGAAGCGCCAAAGAUGCACUGCAGUGCUGAGGGGGAAUGGCUGGUGCCCAUUGGGAAGUGCAUGUGCAAGGCAGGGUAUGAGGAGAAGAACAAUACCUGCCAAGUAUGCAGACCUGGGUUCUUCAAAGCUUCACCCCACAGUCCAUCCUGCAGCAAAUGUCCCCCUCACAGCUACACGCUUGAUGAAGCAUCCACAUCUUGCCUGUGUGAAGAACACUAUUUUAGGAAGGAAUCAGACCCACCUACAAUGGCCUGUACAAGACCCCCCUCUGCUCCUCGGAGUGCCAUCUCAAAUGUUAACGAGACUAGUGUCUUUCUGGAAUGGAUUCCCCCUGCUGAUACUGGUGGAAGGAAAGAUGUGUCUUAUUAUAUUGCAUGCAAGAAGUGCAACUCACACUCAGGUCUGUGUGAGGCGUGUGGCAGUCAUGUCAGGUACCUCCCCCAGCAAACCGGCCUGAAAAACACCUCUGUCAUGAUGGUGGAUCUGCUUGCCCAUACAAACUAUACCUUUGAAAUUGAGGCAGUGAAUGGAGUAUCCGACCAGAACCCUGGAGUCCGGCAGUUUGUGUCUGUAAAUGUAACCACAAACCAGGCAGCACCUUCUCCAGUCAGUAGUGUGAAAAAAGGGAAGAUAACUAAAAAUAGCAUCUCCCUUUCCUGGCAGGAGCCAGAUCGACCCAACGGCAUCAUCCUGGAAUAUGAAAUCAAAUAUUUUGAAAAGGACGAAGAGACGAGUUACACCAUCAUCAAAUCCAAACUGACGACGAUUACAGCAGAUGGCUUGAAACCAGGGUCAGUGUACAUCUUCCAGAUCCGAGCCCGGACAGCUGCUGGCUACGGUGGCUUCAGCCGAAGAUUUGAGUUUGAAACCAGCCCAGUGUCAGUAGCUGCAUCCAACGACCAGAGCCAGAUUCCUAUAAUUGUUGUGUCUGUAACAGUGGGAGUUAUUCUGCUGGCUGUUGUUAUCGGUUUUCUUCUCAGUGGAAGUUGCUGCGAUCAUGGCUGUGGGUGGGCUUCUUCUCUGCGUGCUGUUGCCUAUCCAAACCUAACAUGGAGAUGUGGUUAUAGCAAGGCUAAACAAGAUCCAGAAGAAGAAAAGAUGCAUUUUCAUAAUGGCCACAUUAAACUGCCUGGAGUAAGGACCUACAUUGAUCCCCACACCUAUGAGGACCCUAACCAAGCUGUCCAUGAGUUUGCUAAGGAAAUUGAAGCUUCAUGCAUAACCAUUGAAAGAGUUAUUGGAGCUGGUGAAUUUGGGGAAGUCUGCAGUGGGCGGCUGAAGCUGCAGGGUAAGCGCGAGUUUCCUGUGGCUAUCAAAACUCUGAAGGUGGGCUACACGGAGAAACAGAGGCGAGAUUUCCUGGGAGAAGCAAGCAUCAUGGGGCAGUUCGACCACCCUAACAUCAUCCACCUGGAAGGUGUUGUAACAAAAAGCAAACCAGUAAUGAUAGUAACUGAAUACAUGGAGAAUGGUUCUCUGGAUACAUUUUUAAAGAAGAACGAUGGGCAGUUCACGGUCAUUCAGCUGGUCGGGAUGCUGCGAGGCAUUGCAUCAGGAAUGAAGUACCUGUCUGACAUGGGUUACGUACACAGAGAUCUGGCUGCCAGGAAUAUUCUAAUCAACAGCAACUUAGUCUGCAAGGUGUCAGACUUUGGCCUCUCCAGAGUCCUAGAAGAUGAUCCCGAAGCAGCAUACACUACCAGGGGAGGGAAGAUCCCCAUCCGAUGGACAGCACCCGAAGCAAUUGCCUUCCGCAAAUUCACAUCAGCCAGUGACGUCUGGAGCUACGGCAUCGUGAUGUGGGAGGUGAUGUCCUACGGCGAGAGGCCUUACUGGGAAAUGACAAACCAAGAUGUGAUUAAAGCCGUGGAGGAAGGCUAUCGCCUGCCAAGUCCCAUGGACUGCCCUGCUGCUCUCUACCAGCUAAUGCUCGACUGCUGGCAGAAAGACCGCAACAGCAGGCCCAAGUUUGAUGAAAUUGUCAGCAUGUUGGACAAGCUCAUCCGUAACCCAAGCAGCUUGAAGACAUUGGUUAAUGCAUCGAGCAGAGUAUCAAAUCUGUUGGUAGAGCACAGUCCAGUUGGGAGCGGCACCUACAGGUCAGUGGGUGAGUGGCUGGAAGCCAUCAAAAUGGGCCGAUACACGGAGAUCUUCAUGGAGAACGGAUACAGUUCGAUGGAUGCUGUGGCUCAGGUGACCCUAGACUCUAAUUCUUGCAAAGGGAUGAAUCACCUUGUGAAAAGUGGAGCCUCACCCUCCACCCCCUCUUUCCAACUGGAUAUCAGACUUGAAGGCAACCUUUCCAGUGGAUCAGACCUGCUCUUUAAACUUGUGGAUCACCUAGUGACUUUGAGUGUGUCUGGACCUCUUUCAAUCCACUGCAAGAAUAAUUUUACCAGGACAAUACUCAAGAAUAGAUAG